AUCAGGAUGCAUAAUUUAACUUUAAAAAUAUAGGUGAGCUGCAAGUUUAAACAAUAGCGUUGCAUAAGUAUAACUCAUCGUGAUUCCACAACACAGCAGCGGAUCAGCCAAUUGAAAAAAUAUUAGAAAUCAAUGUAACGAAUUUCCGCGGCCAUACUGUUUUAGAACAGAAUUUUGCUGACAGAUUUGGGAUUUUUGAAUUGAGAUGCAUGAUUUCGACGCAGAUUUCGGGGAAGCAGGUUUGAACUGUGUUGGAUCACCUAAUGUUGAACUGCACAAUAUUAUGUGCUACAUGAUAAGACAAGCUAUCGAGUUCGGUGGCGUGUUCUGUGCUUACACAGUACAAUAUAACAUAGUCACCAGGUCGCUACAUUCGAAGUCAAACGCCCAACGUAACGAUAUUAUAUGUUACUCUCCUCGAUGUACUCUGCGUUGCAUGCCUGCACCUUGGUAGGUGCUCUGUUGUUAUUGGUGUUAGCCGCAGAGCAGUCCGGUGCAGAUGAAAUCGUCCAGCCUACAAGCGGUGACAUUUACAGUUUCAUCGUCCAUUCGAAAAUCAAGUACAGAUAUGCACAGACUGUUGUAUCGAGUCGUGUGGCCAACAAGAAAAAUACUUCCCAUGAAGUACAGUUCUACGUAACUUUUCCAAAAUCUGCAUUUGUUUCUAAGUUUUUAAUGGAAAUAAACGAAAAAGUGUACGAAGCUUACGUAAAAGAAAAAAAAGGGGCCAAAGAAGAAUAUAUUGCUGCCGUAAACUUGGGUCAGACGGCAGCUCAUAUCGAGCAAAAUGCAAGAGAUUCAAGCAAGUUUACGGUUUCUGUAAACGUGGGAGCAGAAAGCAAAGUUACAUUUAAUCUCACUUACGAACAAUUGUUAAAGAGGAAAUUGGAAAUUUAUGAAAAUAUAAUAAACUUACAACCCGGACAAGUUGUUCAAAACUUGCAAGUUAUAGUAGAUAUUGAAGAGUCUUCAAACAUAACAAAAUUAGAAGUGCCAGACAUAAAAACAGCAAAUGAAAUUGAGACUACAAUUAGUAAUAAAAAAUUGGCAAAAAUUACCUAUGAGUCAGGCAACAAAGUGACGAUAACCUGGAGUCCAACUAUUGAGGAUCAGAUAUCAUAUACAGAACUAGGUGUUAAAGGACAAUUCAUAGUUCAAUAUGACGUUGAUCAUAAAUCAACUCCAAAUCAAGUUCUCAUCGACGAUGGAUAUUUUGUUCAUUUCUUUGAACCAACAGAAGUGAAACCACCCAGGGCUCACGUCAUUUUUGUACUCGACGUCAGUAGCUCCAUGGAUGGACAGAAAUUACCUCAAGUGAAAGAAGCAAUGAAUCAAAUUCUGUCACAAAUCAAUUCCGAAUAUUUUUUCUCAUUGAUACUUUUUUCAACUUCGGCUCAGGUUUGGACAAUAAAUGCUACUCAAGAAAUGUCCAACCUCUGGGACUGUAACUGUAGAAACUUGAAGACAAACAAUAAUUUUAGUUUGGAUACAUUGGGAGAAAACCGUUUUGUUUUUCCGGCAACUGAGCAGAACAUACAAUAUGCAAAGAAAUUCAUUCAGGACUUGGCACCGGAUAGCAUGUUGGAAAUGUGUAUUAUGUUACUAAGUACAAAUAUGGAAGAUGCCCUGAACAAAGCACACUCGAUCGCCAAAUUGGGCGAAAAGCGUUUCAAAGAUCGUGUUAACACACCAAAACCUAUAAUUGUGUUUCUGACCGACGGUGAGCCGACCGCAGGGAUUACCGAACCCUUUGAAUUGCUUGAAUUGGUUUCGAACACUAACGUAGAGAAGUAUCCGAUAAUUAGUUUGGGAUUUGGCGAUGGGGCAGAUAUGGAUUUCCUUAAAACACUAUCAUAUUACAACGCCGGUUUCGCAAGGGCCAUUCACGAAGGUUAUUACGCGUCGUUACAAUUGCGUAAUUUUCAUAAAGAAAUAUUGUCGUCCAUUUUAUCCAACGUCACUUUAAAAUACAUUGACGAUCAGGUCGAAAUUGUUACUGUGACGAAAAAAUUAUUUAACCUGUUGUUCGAAGGUACGGAAUUCGUAGUGGCCGGAAAAUUGAAAGAUGGCAAAUUGCCCGAUUUUAACGGAACUUUGAACGCCGAUUCGACUGAAGGGGAUUUCAAAGACCCUGUUAUUAUCACAUGUUUUGAUUUCCCCAUCGUUCUUCCCGAGACUGUUCCACAAAAAAGAAGAAUAGGUCAUCUGAAAUUAUGGGCUUAUUUGAACAUUCAACAACUGAUGGAUAAAUAUGAAUUAAACGAGAACGAAAAUUCUACGACAAAAGCUAGAGCACUAGAAAUAGCACUAGAAUAUUCAUUUGUUACUCCACUAACGUCUUUAGUUGUUGUCACACCUCAUGAUACAACUACAUCAACGACUCCAGAGAAAAUCAAACCACUUAGUGAUAGAUCUAUUGUUUCACCUAAAUCGGCUCACAAUUAUCCACCACAAAGUCGACGAGGAUAUACCCCAGGUAAUUUGUUGCCGGUAGAUUCCUCCCAAAUUUUAAAAGAGGAAUCAAAUUCUACAUCGUUGCACGAUAUCAAAGAACUAGCAUGGUUGAGUGGUUCUAUUACAUUGAACGCAACUAAUACAGUUUACCAAGUAUCAUUGAACACGAGUGGUCAAUUAUAUCAAAACUGUACAACAACUGAUCAAAUCCAUGGUAAUUGUAAACAUUUAAAAGACUGCGUUGUUGCUUCAAUCCUACACUCAUUUGAUACAUACCUUUCACUGUUUUGCCCAAUAGAAACAUUGUAUGCGGGAAUUUGCUGCUUAGAGUAAAUGUGUGAAUAAUCAUACAUUUCUAAGAAACGAAGAAUUAUUAAUACCAUAAAAUCGGUGUUUCCGAAUUGCGUGCGAAAAUCAUUAUCUAGGUUGAGUUGCGUGCGUAGUUUAUUCACGACUGAGCCAAGUUGCGUGCACCCCCUCACUCCAUUUUAUAUUUAUUUAUUUAUAUUUAUAACAAAUAUUUUUUUAUUAUAUUAAUAUAAGAUUCAUUCACAUUGUUUGAAAAAUAAAUAAAUA